AUGUGUUAUCUGUAUGUGAUAGUCUGGGCAUUCGCAAAGUACUUGGCGCCGAUUUUCCAACUGAUGAUCGAGCACAUGGAAUUUGUCGAAUUGAUCAUGAAACAAAAGGAUUUGAAAAUGGCGUUGAAAGCCAACUUGGAGGCAACAGAAGCACUGGAGAAGGGUCUUGAGAAUCUUGCUGCUGCGAGCGAAUUUUUCGAACAGUUGAAGUCUGAAAUGAGAUGUGGAAGUUACAGACGAGCAACUAUCAGAAUGGAUAGCAGGUAUGUUUCUACUCGUGUCAUGGAUGAUGCUCCGGAUUGCGAAUUGGACAUAAAACUCAGCACUACAUCCUGGAAAAAGAAACUGAAUAUGACGAUGGCAACGAGUGACAAGUUGCUCUUCGAGCUUCAGCAUGCACAACGCAUUCUUCGUGAAGACCAAGCAAAUAAGUUGGAGGAAAACAAUAAAUAA